CUUGGGUGGAGUAUUUCUUUCUUCACACUACACACACACUCUCUCUCUUUUAUCUCUCUCUAUAUUACCUUGCUGGAAAACUUGCAGGAAAAGAAAUUUGGCAACCCUAGCUUUCUUCUCCGAUCUAAUACGAGUUCGUUCUUCUACUACAUUUAAAAGGAACACAGUUUCUUUUGCAAAAUGACCCAAGACGUAGAGAUGAAAGAGCUACAAGCUCCUUCCAAUUCCGUUGCUUCAGCUUCUCCUUCAACUUUCCAACAUUUGAAGGAGAUUGCGUCGCUAAUUGAGACCGGUGCUUAUGCCCGGGAGGUCCGACGAAUUGUGCGCGUCGUUCGCCUAACCAUGGCGUUGAGGCGGAAGCUUAAGGCUUCUGUGCUUUCCUCAUUCCUUAAUUUCGCUCUUGCUCCUGGAUCCGACGUCCACAGUCGUUUAUCGUCCUAUCUUCCCAAGGAAGAUGAUCAAGACAUGGAUGUUGAUACUGCAACCUCUGCAACUCAAACUUCCACAAAGCAUUCCUUGCCAGAGCUAGAGAUUUACUGCUACUUGCUUGUGCUAAUAUUUCUUAUUGAUCAGAAACGAUACAAUGAGGCAAAAGCUUGUGCCUCAGCAAGCAUUGCUCGACUGAAGAACCUGAAUAGGAGAACUGUUGAUGUUCUGGCAUCCAGACUCUAUUUUUAUUACUCCCUUAGCUAUGAGCUUACUGGUGAUCUUGCUGAAAUUAGAGGAAACCUCCUUGCCCUUCACCGUAUCGCAACAUUGCGCCAUGAUGAACUGGGUCAGGAGACACUUCUCAACUUGUUACUGCGAAACUACCUUCAUUACAAUCUGUAUGAUCAGGCAGAGAAGUUGAGGUCCAAGGCACCUCGAUUUGAAGCCCACUCUAACCAGCAGUUUUGUCGGUACCUCUUUUAUUUAGGAAAGAUCAGGACAAUUCAGUUGGAGUACACAGAUGCAAAAGAAUCCCUCCUGCAAGCUGCUAGGAAAGCUCCUGUUGCAGCCCUUGGUUUCCGUGUUCAGUGCAAUAAGUGGGCAGUAAUUGUCCGCUUAUUGUUAGGAGAAAUUCCUGAGAGGACAGUUUUUAUGCAAAAGGGCAUGGAGAAGGCUUUGAGGCCUUAUUUUGAACUAACAAAUGCUGUGCGAAUUGGUGAUUUGGAGCUUUUUAGAAGUGUUGCUGAAAAGUUCUCCGAUACUUUCAAUUCAGACCGAACCCAUAAUUUGAUUGUUAGGUUGCGCCAUAACGUUAUAAGGACCGGGUUACGUAAUAUUAGUAUCUCAUAUUCACGCAUUUCUUUGGCCGAUGUGGCCAAAAAGUUGAGACUAGACUCUGCCAAUCCUAUUGCUGAUGCUGAGAGUAUCGUGUCCAAGGCAAUCCGAGAUGGUGCAAUUGAUGCAACACUGGAUCAUGCAAACGGAUGGAUGGUAUCAAAGGAAACUGGGGAUAUCUACUCCACAAAUGAGCCUCAAACUGCAUUUGACACAAGGAUUGCUUUUUGCCUCAAUUUGCAUAACGAGGCAGUGCGUGCACUUAGGUUUCCACCAAACUCCCACAAGGAGAAAGAAAGUGCUGAGAAAAGGAGAGAGAGACAACAACAGGAGCAAGAGCUCGCAAAACACAUAGCCGAGGAGGAUGAUGAUGAUUUUUGAUUCUGUAAUUUGCAAGAGACGCAACAGUGCUUCAGCCAGUUGUGCAUCUAUCUUCGGAAUCCAUGAGGAAGAAUUAUUCAGCUUUCUUGCUCUAAUUGACUUAUAAUCCUGCUUGCUUGAAUUAAUGUUAUGUUAUAUCUUUAUUGUUACUAUUCAGAGCCACUGCUUCUUUACUGUUUUGAAUCAUAUUCAGAGGCUGUUUCCUUUCCCUCAAACAUUCCUUUUUAAAUGGCCAAGAUACUGAAUAUAAUCCAUUUUCUCCA